AUGGUAGGGAAAGAGAAGUGGUCUUCAACGAACAUCAGUGGAACGUGUGGUCUUCAGCCACUUAUUGUCAUGAACGCCUCACAAGCAAUGAUGACGUCAUUGUGUGUCCGUGUGCUAGUGGUUACCCUGCUGUGUUCGUCGUCUGUUGUCGGGUUUGGAUUUCUGGAUUCCCUAAGAUCCCUCCAGCUACAGGCUCGACAACACUCUAGGCGAUCUACUAUGCCUCCCGCUGAGGCCCUCGCCGACAUCGUAAAGGACAUCCUUGACCAGGACCGUGACGGUCAGGUUGCCAUUACGGAAGUUGAAGGUUACCUGGACAUGGUAUUUAACCCUGAGAGAGACCCCGACUACGUUUUGCCAUCUUAUCGAGUUCAGGAGAAGGGCUAUAUCAUGACAGUGGCGGGCAUAAUUGAUACCAAUGACAAUGGUGUCAUAGGAAACGAGGAAUUAAAGCGCGCCAGCAAUCUACUGGUGAGCUUAGCUGGUGAUGAACAGGUGGCCCGUGCUGUAGAGGUCGUCGAGAGGAUGAAGAGCAAAGUGAACCCUGAAUAUCUCAUACAACAGGCGAACAGAAUUGUCCCCGACUAUACGAAAUUGUCGGACCAAAACGAAGAUGGGGAGAUUACGCCAGCGGAAAUGGAGGCUACGUUCCCGUUUCCGUAUUACACAUGGAAUCUAAACAGCUUACACCUUAUAACCCAAGAUGUGGAUACCAAUGAUGAUUUAGCACUCAAUGCAGAAGAGACACCUCAGUUCCUCUUACAACUAGCGGUGAGAGAAAGAUGGUUAUUUCGCAAUUUUGUGAUCUACUUCCGGAUCAAGGAGCUGGUAGGGGACGAUCUGGCUAACCAAUGGGCGGAGACAGCAUGAACGUUCUACCAUGGCAAUCAUUCCACG